UCUCGGCACCAGUAGACUUGACGUGUAUUGUGCUGAACCGAUUCUCUGUCCCUGAGACUACUGAGGUGGGGCCGGCAGGGACUAGUGUGAGUUUAAGCAUCGGAGCAGCAGCGUUUGCGGAGCAAAACAAACGGCGAAAGAACAUGAGCGGAGCAUUGGUGAGACCAGCGCUGCGACAACUUCCGGCGUCGAUGUGCCUGAGGAUGCCUCCAGCAGCCGGCCAGCCAGGCCUGCGGCUGACUACGGCAGUAACACCUCAACGUUAUCAUCGGAACAACAGCAGUAGGAGGAGCCCCUCUGGCGGCUGGGCCUCGAUGCCACUUGCCCCGGGAGCGUCCAUCCUGCUGGCGGUGGCCCUGUGCUCGGUCUCCGCGGAUUCGCCAGCCGAAGCGGGCUGGUGGCCCUUCAGCAAGAGGCAGCCUACGUCUCCGUUCAGCAAUACAAUUCCACGACAGGCGAAGAAGCAGAGGGCCAAGGCCGAGGUGCAGAUGAGAAAGUAUCUCGCCAAGAUGCGAAUGCCGGUUCAAGAGCUGAUGGCAGGGCUUAGGAAGGGGGAGGUGAGCCGAGAGGAGUACGACAAGCGAAUGGCGGUCUUCAACGACGAAGUCGAGCUGGCGACCCACCGGAUUAUCUUUGGCGUGUCUGACCCUCCAGAUGCUCGUCGUAGAUACGAAGCCGAGCACGGGAAUUGCCGAUACACCCCGGAGGCCAUCCGAUUGGUGUCAGCGUUGUCCCCGUUGGUCGAGAUCGGCGCGGGAAGGGGUCACUGGCAGCGCGGAUUAUUUGAAGCGGGAGCCACGGUGAUCUCCUUCGACCAAUGGGCGACGCCCCCCUCGAGCGGCAACGAGAGGGGCACGACGGCAGGCAUGCCCCAAAUCGGUAGAGUGCUACCUGGGGAUGAGCAUGCCCUUCGCCUCCACCGUGAUAAGACCCUGCUCCUGGUAUACCCCCCGCCUGGAGACAUGGCCUUGCGGUGCCUACAUGAGUAUAGAGGAGAUACCUUAGUUUACGUUGGGGAAGGGAGGGGUGGAGUCAACGCGAGCGACGAAUUCUUCGAUGGCCUGGAUGCGGAGUGGGACGUAGAAAACAUCCUCGACCUUGAUCCCUUCCCCCAGUGCUUCGAACGACUCUUCUUGCUACGACGUCGACAAAGAACUACUGUGGGGGCCUCAUCGCAGCAAGAUGCAUAAACCAACCUUAGCGCAGAAAUAUAACGGGGGAAGCAAGUAGAUAGAGGUGUUGUUCGUACAAGGGUCGAGGGACUUCGUCUUUUUGAGUUUGUGAAGGAACCUAGCCGCGUUCCAAACCAUUCACGGUGUAAGGCGUGUCGAGGGUGUGAAUUCCCCGCUGGCGAGUUUCGAAGUAUAGGCGCGCGCGAAAUUCACGACGUUUGUUUCAUCGCAUUUUCUCAACGGCCGUUUGUUCUUCUCAGUCCAAACCUCCGCGGUAACGAGGGCACCUAUAGCCAGGGUUGUGGGGCUAGAAGAUGGUGAGACUACUGGCCAACGUGCUGCGAUCUAGCCCUGUGUGCUGCUGGUGUAACAGGACGCGCCUUAAGCCCGCAUGAAACGUGGGGUGAGUCACCGCGCAGCAAGAACCAAGCUUCGGCCGCUGUAGCGAAAUUUUACUGGCCAAUAGUUUUACCAACGGGCAUCGGCAGAGUUCGAAUACCGUUGUGAUACCGUUGUGAUGGUUGGCGCAAGAGUUCCGUUCACGAUGAUAAAUCUUACGGGAAAGAGCUGCCCUAGAAUUUGCGGUCAGCAUUACAGGAGUGCGUUUUUCUCAGGCAAGGACCAGUUCGUUGCCGCUCUGCGGUUUGUGCGUAUCGGACGUUUUCCCGUCGAAAUACGCGAAAACGAACCCCAACGUCGCCCUUUUCAACAACAGGAGCUCCUCGCAAAGCUUUUGUGCGCUUUGUGUUCGGGUCGGCAUAUUCGUGUUUUAAAGUUGGGGAGAGAUGUUUAAUCUACCUUGGUUUCAAAAAGAUUUUUGGAGAAACCAAUCCAUGCAUGUGUGUCUUUAUUUUGGUUCUUCUUGAGUGGUACAGCAGUCUGCGAUUCCGUGCGGAAUGCACGCGAAUCUGGUAGAGUAGGGAGGGGGGUGAUAACAACAGGAGUGUAGUUUGGGGCACAUCCUGGGAUUCGCGUGUGUUUCCGGUACCCUCACGCCUUCGCCCUCCAGUGUCUAGGAAAGAACGCAAGAACGAAUGUGUUCGAAAACACUCGCCAUGUCAUUUUCUUCUAGAGUUCCUAGGUUUGGUUAUAGACAUUAUGCGCAGUUUGUAGCGUUUAGUAGUUGGCACUCCUUCCCCAGCCGGCCGGCAAGGAACAGACGCGUAAGAUGGCAAGAAAAUAUGUUUUGGCUACGUCGCCAGGAGGAAACGGUCAAAGCUGUUGCCUUUGAUGAGAUCUCGAUCAACGAGCGAAAAUUGACCAAUCCUUCAUGUGGAA